AUGCCUCUCAACGCCGCCUUUGAAGACGCAAUUUGCGUCACUCCACAAGGCGCCAACAAAUACAGCGCUCAUCUCCGCCCAGAAUGGUGCAUUGGAACCGUCCCCCACGGUGGCUACACAUCAGCAGUCCUAUACAAACUAGCCAUAACACACUUCCAACACGCCCACCCAAAGCAAUACUCCACCCCCGCCUCACCAAUCUCCCUCCAACUCUCCUUCAUCCGCCGCACAGCAGCCGGCCCCGCAACCCUAGAAGUCGAAGACAUAAAGCUCGGCGCCCGCACAAGCACAAUCCACAUAAAACUCCUCCAACCAUCCGAAAAACAACCCGACAAACUAGAGACCAAAGUAGCAGGCUACAUCACCGUUAGCCCCCCGGAUGCAGAAGUCGGCAUCAGCGUCCCGACGGGCUGGAAAGCGCAUCCAGAGCCCGCCCCUGGCUCGCUCCCCGACGGGCAAGUGGAUUUCGCCGCCCUCGCAAGAGGCAAGGAUGGCGCAUGGGUGAAGACCGAACCUCCGUACCCCGAGUUCCGGCGCGCGGCUACCCAAGUAGAACUAUAUGGGCCUAGGAAGGGCGAAACGCAGCAGAAGCGAAGCGGGGUGAUGGCUAUUGACCAGUGGGCGCGGUUCAGACCGUGUGGAGAUCAGGAUGGGAGAUGGACUGACGCAGCGGUUGUUUAUUUGCUUGAUAUGUUUCCCAUGGCGUUGGAUGGGUUUGAUAGUGUUUCUGCGAAGGCGAUUGCGAAGGAGAAUGGGAAGAGCGUUGCUGAGAUGAAGGCUAACUUUUGGUAUCCGACUGUUACGCUGAAUAUUGAUAUGAAGAAGCAUUUGCCUGCUGGUGGGGUGGAAUGGCUUUAUAGUCGGAUUGUGACGAAGGUUGUUAGGGAUGGGAGGACGGAUUUGGAUGUUACUGUUUUGGAUCAGGAUGGGGAGGUUGUUGCAUUGGGGACGCAGGUUGGUUUGGUGGUUAGUGCGAGUCGGAAUUUGGGCAGCCGAAAGAUGGAGAAGUUGUAG